CGUUGCCACCUCAGUCUCUCCCCGAGCGUUUCGCGUGACGGACCUGUCGCUCUUUAUUUGUUUACAUUUAAAAACUAAUAAAAUCUCAGUGAUGUGAUAUUUGAACGUGCGAUAUGUGUGAUUCUUUUAUAUGUGAGAAGGAUUUCAGUUUAGUUAAUUGUGAAUACUUUUUUCCUUCUGUGCAAGGAAUGAACCGAUACCGUUGCGUCGCGCUCCGGUGAUUCGGUUAAUAACUCGUGGAUCUACAGUGACUGUGUAAUAGUGGCUUUACUAAGAUCUAAUACCAUGUAAAGAUUUAUGAAAUAAAAGUGAUUAAAUGAUAAAAACAUUCAUUAAGUUGAAUAUGGACUGUUCUAAGAAACAUUAACAGUGAAAUGUUUUAAAUAAAAGUACAUAGGAAGUGAAAUGUUCUAAACAUGGAAAGGAAAUUAACGCGAGAAGAUUUUAUGCGCAAAAGUUUCCGUGCGCCACGGCUAUCUGCGGCUCAGGACCCUACGGAGACUGCAGUCAAUGGGGCACCACCGCCUUCUCCAGUAUCCCUAUCAAUGCUUGAAAGAACUCCUCCAAGAGCUCAGUACGAUGUUAAUACAUCAGGCAUAACACCUAAACGUCUCGAAUUAAACAGAGCUCAUCCGAUUCAUUUGAAGUCGUUUCAAACACCAGAACCACCAGAUGAAACUGCUCCUAUUCCGCCUUCAGACGAUGUACUUCUUAAACUUGAACGGCAGAUAGGGGAAAUGGAAAGAGGUUUGGAAAGAGCUCAAAAUGGUAAUGUUUCGGUUGAUGAACGAGUGAGGUACGCUGAGCACGAAAAUCUACUCCGGACCGGAGUGUCCUCCGUCGGUGGUGGAGGUUAUUUACCUGCAGAUUCGGAUACAGAACAUGAUUCUGUGCCGUUUAAAAGAAACGAGACUACCAGGAGUAGUACGGGUGGGGCCACGCCAGUACCGCGGCCCGCUACUAAAUUGUCUAGGACGAAUUCUGACACACAGCAACAUUCGGUCGCUGCGACUGCCAGACUAAUGCGAAAGUUUGCUGAAGGUGGGACGAAAGACGAGAAAACCAAAAUUAUCUCACGGAAAGCAAUACAGGCAAGGAUAGAGAAAGUGAGGAACUCUGUAGGAGGAACAAAGCAUGAGCAUAGAGUGUUAGCGGAGCACAGGACUGAUUCGGCUUCGCCCAGAACGCCUGCGUCGCCUGUUCCCUCGAGAACAUCCACUCAGAGUGCUUCGGAGUCGUCGGCGGGCGCGGGCGGCGGCGGAGCGGCGGGUGGUAGCACGCGUGUCUCGUCGCGCUCGCGGACCUCGGAGGAGCCACAUAUUGGAAAGUACAAGUUGCUUAAGACAAUCGGCAAAGGAAACUUUGCGAAGGUGAAGCUAGCCAAACAUGUUCCCACCGGCAAAGAGGUCGCUAUUAAAAUCAUCGACAAAACCCAGCUGAACCCUGGAUCGCUGCAGAAACUUUUUAGAGAGGUCCGAAUAAUGAAAAUGCUCGACCACCCGAACAUCGUUAAGCUGUUCCAAGUGAUCGAGACAGAGAAGACCCUCUACUUGGUGAUGGAGUAUGCGUCCGGGGGCGAGGUGUUCGAUUACCUGGUGCUCCAUGGGCGCAUGAAAGAGAAGGAGGCGCGGGCGAAGUUCAGACAAAUCGUGUCCGCUGUACAGUACUGUCAUCAGAAGCGGAUUAUACACAGGGAUCUCAAGGCGGAAAAUUUGCUUCUGGACGGCGAGAUGAACAUAAAAAUUGCGGACUUUGGAUUCUCGAACGAGUUCACACCGGGCGCUAAGCUCGACACAUUCUGCGGCAGUCCGCCGUACGCCGCACCGGAGCUAUUCCAGGGGAAGAAAUACGACGGGCCCGAGGUGGAUGUUUGGUCGCUGGGAGUCAUUUUGUACACAUUGGUGAGCGGCUCGCUGCCCUUCGACGGGUCCACACUGCGGGAGCUGAGAGAACGCGUCCUGCGCGGCAAGUACAGAAUACCGUUCUACAUGUCGACCGACUGUGAGAAUCUGCUCAAGAAAUUCCUCGUGCUGAACCCAGCCAAACGGGCGUCCCUCGAGAGUAUCAUGAGGGAUAAAUGGAUGAACACAGGAUACGAGGACGAGGAGUUAAGGCCCUAUGUGGAGCCGCAACAGGAUUUCAAAGAUCACAAACGGAUAGAGGCGCUAGUGUGUCUGGGCUAUAACCGGCAAGAGAUCGAGUAUUCGCUCGCCGAGGCGAAAUACGACGAUGUAUUCGCCACGUAUUUACUGCUCGGCAGGAAGAGUACCGAUCCCGAGUCGGACGGCAGCCGCUCGGGCUCGUCGCUGUCGCUGCGCACCGCCGUGCCCGCGCCCGCGCACCCGCACGCGCCGCCGCAGCACGCAGGCUGCGCGGGCUCGCCGUCGCACCGCGGCGUGCAGCGCAGCAGCUCCGCCAGCGCGCGCCCCGCCGCCUCGCGCCGCGCCUCCUCGGGCGCCGAGGGGCUGCGGACGCAAGUUGGUACCACGACUUCCGCAGCCAACAACACAACAGCGACGUCGACUACCACCACGUCCAAUUUUAAAAGACAGAACACAAUCGACUCUGCGUCUAUCAAAGAGAAUACGGCGCGAAUAGCUCAGAUGCAGGUGCAAGGCGGGCAGGCGCGGCCGACGAGCGCGCAGCCGAAGCUGGAGCCGCGCGCGCGCACGCUGGCGGGCGCGCGCCCCGCGCAGCCCGCGCCGCCCGCCGCGCCGCCCAAGCUCUCGCCGCCGCACGACGCGCCCAGCACGGUGCAAGCGGACAGUAAGAACGGAACGGCGGCUAGCAACGGUAACUCGGGGACGGCUAAGACGCACGUGAAAAGUGCGUCGAUCUCGUCCGCGACCGGCGCCCCGCCCCUAGGCGGGGACAGCGGGCCCCACAAUGCCUCCGCGCGGGACCUAGCGCAGCCCCGGCCGAGUUUAAACUCCACGGGCGGCACUACAGCGGCGGCGAGUGGUGCUCGUCGCGACUUCCCCAACCCGAUGGUGUUCCCCAGGAAUGUGCCAUCCCGGUCCACCUUCCACUCAGGUCAAACGCGGACGCGAGGCGCAAGCGCGGGCGGAGCGUACGGUGAUGGUGGCUCCCCCCACCAGGCACGGCCUUCGUUCUUCUCCAAAUUGUCGUCCAGGUUCUCCAAACGCCUGUCCGUGUUGGGCGAGUCGACCGGACGACAGAAACCUCGAAUAUUUUCCUCACUGGAUAUACAAAGGAGGCCAUUGGAGGGCACGACCCCGAAGCAUGCCGUAGCUGCUAGCCCACAAGCCCUGCUUGGACAAGGCAACGAGGAGCAGGUGAAGCCGCGAGUGCUUCGCUUCACGUGGAGUAUGAAGACCACCUCCUCACGGGACCCCAACGAGAUCAUGGCGGAAAUACGAAAGGUGUUAGACGCCAACAACUGCGACUACGAACAACGCGAGAGGUUCCUCCUCCUCUGCGUCCACGGCGACCCAAAUACCGACUCCCUUGUCCAAUGGGAAAUCGAGGUGUGCAAGCUGCCGCGCCUCUCGCUCAACGGAGUGCGCUUCAAGCGAAUAUCCGGCACCAGCAUCGGCUUCAAGAACAUUGCGUCUAAGAUCGCCAACGAGCUCAAGCUGUGACUGCCCGGGAGCGCCCCGCGCCGGCGCCGCCGCCGCCGCCUGCCGCUCGCGCCCUCGCCCUCCACGCCCGACUCGUCCGCGCCGCUGCACGCGCCACCCUCGCCUCCCUCGCCGCCAGCCAAGCCCCUGCCGCACCCGCACGCAUUCAUCACCAUCACCCCACGCUCACCCCGCCCGCCGCCGCUCA